AUGUCAGAUGAAUUUGAUGGACUGCCUGGGCUCGAGUAUACGUGGCUGAGCUUAAACAUCUCCUUGCUACCUGAUGCUGUAGUUCGCCUUCUUGCACCACUAACAAAGGAAAAAUCGGAUCUCGAUUUCCUGUUAGAACUCUUUCAGACCAUUUCUGAACCGCAAGGUAUCAUCGACAAAGGCAACAAUGCAAAAUCUCAAGUCUCGUCGUCUCCAGCUUUGCAGAUACGGACCCCUAAUGAGGUCGCGACAGAACUCCUUGCCGCUUUGCGCGUCAUCUGCCCCCAACUGCACCUACUCAGUCGUCUCCACGAUGGCGUCUUGGCAGCCACUAAUUCAGCAAAGACUCAACGGACCCGGCUAUUUCAUUUGAUCCACGAUCAGCCGACAGUUAUGCCCCUGGUCAACGUUCCUGGGCUUGGAUCCACCAUAGCCGGCACAAAGGGAUCUGAGCGGGUAGGUCAACGGUCCAGACGACUUGCAUUUCGCGGUCUCGACCUGCUUAUAUUGACUGGAAACUGGAUGCUGGAACGCGUUCGGAAAGCUGAGUUUCGUAGAUACUCUGGCUGGCUGAGAGAGGUGUUCACACGCCUCGUCUGGAGCGGCGAAAUGGAUGAGACCUGCCGCCUUGAUCCGACAAAGAGUCGAGAAACUUCCAACACAUUAUGGACAGGCUGCAUAUUAACAGAACGUGGCAGUGAAACCUGGCCCAAAGAUUAUUGGAAGAAGACUCUAUGCACAAGAUUGGAUAAAGAUAUCCUGAUAUCUGAAUAUGCCAUGUGUCCCUAG